UCAUAAUUCCAUUUUAUAAAAAAAAACUAUGAAAUAUUUUGAUUUCUCUAUCUUCAUUUCCAAAUAAAUCCGAGUUGCUAAGUAGGUCUCAGCUCAUAAACAUCUAUUGUAAUUCAAAACGGAUUCAGAAAUGGAUCAGAUUAGGAUCGUGGCCAGGUCUAUUUAAACAGGUCUCUCCCUCCCACCAUUGUCUAUCAUUUGCAAGCAUGGAAGUGAUCAUUUCCAGUGCUGCAAAUUCAGUUCCACCUGAUGAAGAUGACGGGCCCAUAUACAACAAAGCUGAGCAAGUGAAGGCAUUUGAUGAAACUAAAGCUGGUGUUAAAGGAUUAGUUGACUCUGGGGUGACCAAGAUUCCUACGUUUUUUGUCCACCCACCAGAGAACAUGCAGAGAUCAUCAUCAUCAAACACCAGUUACAGCAGCAGCAGCAGCGGCGGAAGCAGCCUACUGCAGGUCCCGGUGAUAGACUUGGAAGGCAUUGAAAGUUAUGGUAAGCGGGUUAAGGUGAUAAAUGAGAUUCGAAGGGCAUCAGAAACAUGGGGUUUCUUUCAAAUGAUUAAUCAUGGAGUUGCAGUUAAUGUUAUGGAUGAGAUGUUGGGUGGAGUUAAACGAUUCCACGAGCAACCACAUGAGAUGAAGAUGGAGUGGUACUCGAGAGACUCCAAGCGCCGAGUUAGAUACUUCUGCAAUGGAGAUCUCCUUGUUAAUAAAUCACCAGCAAACUGGAGGGAUACUCUAGCAUUUGAUUUUCAAGACGGCCAACUUGAUCCCUCCUUCUAUCCUCACACAUGCAGAGAAGCCGUCAGGGAAUACAUGAAGAACAUGAUAAAAAUGAGUAAGACAAUAAGUGAACUACUGUCAGAGGCACUAGGGCUUCAGAGAGACUACCUUUCAGGGUUAGAAUGCAUGGAAACUGAAUCUCUGGUGUGCCACUACUACCCCAUUUGCCCACAGCCUCACUUGACUCUGGGAACCACCAACCACACUGACCCUUCUUUUCUCACCAUACUACUUCAAGAUAACGUAGGUGGACUCCAAGUUCUUCAUCAAAAUCAGUGGCUUGAUGUGCCACCUCUAGAGGGGGCGCUUGUAGUAAACAUAGGGGAUUUCAUGCAGCUGAUCACCAACGACAAGUUCAGAAGUGUGGAGCAUAGAGUAUUAGUUGGAGGGAGAAGACCCAGGGCUUCAGUGGCAUGCUUCUUCUAUCCAAGCACAGCAAAUAACUUUAAACCCUAUGGAGCUGUUAAGGAACUUCUAUCUGGCAAUCCACCCUUGUACAGGGAAACUCAUUUUAGCGAGUACAUUGCCUUCUUCAGGUCCAAAGGAUUAGAUGGAGAAGGGGAAAACAAACAAGAAUCACAUCUGAAAAAAUGCCAUGCAAAGAUCUCAAAUUACGGGCUAUUUUACACAGGAGCAACACCACAAUCUCCAAGAGCUGACUGGUCUUUGUCACUAGUUUGAAGUCUUAGGUUGCAAUAUCUGCACCAGUGACCAUAAGAUAUCCAUUCUAUGCAUCACUCUGUUGUUUUGGCCCUGAAAUGAUUCAUAAUACAAUAAUAUUUCUAAACAAAGAACUUCAACAAUUUGUAACAGUAGAACACAUUCUAAUAAUAUCAUUAACCAGGCCUUUAAAUUAGCCAUGAA